UCAUGCUCACGGGCGGCAUCGUGGCCGUGGCGGGGCAGUUCAAGGGCUGGUACUUCGCGGCGUACGCCAUCGCAGCCGGUGUCUUCGUCUGCCUGCUCGAGUACCCCAGGAGCAGGCGGAAAAAGGGCUCCACCAUGGAGAGGUGCGGCCAGCGCUACAUGACGGCCGUGCUGAAGGUGUUCGGGCCCCUCACGAGGAAUUACUACGUCCGGGCCAUCCUGCACGCGGCGCUGGCCGUGCCCGCCGGCUUCCUCCUCUCCACCAUCCUGGGCACCGUGUGCCUGGGCAUCGCCAGCGGCAUCUACCUGCUGGUGAGUCGGCCGCCCGCCGAGCCGGGGGGACAGGUCAACCCCGUGGCCGUGGAGGCCGAGUGA